UGUGUGUGUGUGUAUGUAUAUUAUAUUUCAACAUAAACGUCUCUUCCUCCACCUCUCCUUUUGCUUUGCUUCUUUCCAAUUCGUUUCGAAGUUUUCUUAACUUGUUCUUAUUGGGUCGUCAAGUAAUUAGCAUACAUGUUGAUGGGUGAUUCGAUCGAUGAAGAGUGUGAUUACUUGUUUAAGGCAGUUUUGAUCGGAGACUCCGGAGUUGGCAAAUCAAAUUUGCUGUCCAGGUUUUCCAAAGACGAAUUCCGGUUGGAUUCCAAGCCCACCAUCGGCGUCGAAUUCGCUUACCGGAAUAUCAAGGUCGCUGAUAAACUUGUCAAGGCUCAAAUUUGGGACACUGCCGGUCAAGAAAGAUUUAGAGCAAUCACGAGCUCAUACUACCGUGGGGCGCUCGGCGCCAUUCUAGUGUACGACAUUUCCGCGAGACAAUCCUUCGAAAACGUGAGAAACUGGCUGCGGGAGCUUCGCGGAUUUGGCAACUCCGACAUGGUCAUCGUCCUCGUCGGAAACAAGUCGGACUUGAGCCAGUCUAGAGAGGUCGACGAGGAAGAAGGCAAAAGUUUAGCAGAGGCAGAAGGCUUGUGCUUCAUGGAAACUUCUGCGUUAGAGAACGUGAACGUGGAGCAAGUGUUUUUGGAUAUGGUUUAUAAGAUUCAUGAAAUUACUAGGCAAAAGAUUUUGGAAGCAAAAGUGGAAGAAACGAGUGCCGCGAGUAGAAGUCUUGGUGGUGCGACAGAAACCAUCCAUAUUGGUGAUGAUCUUGAAGUUACGGCUACUAAAAAAUCUAGUUAUUGUUGCUCAAAUUAGUUAGUGUAACCUAAAAGUAUACAUGAAUUUUCAUGAUAUAUGUAUUAUGUGUUGCCAGCAGUCA